GAUGAAAGAAAGAGUUCUUCGUUUUCCUUGUUUUGUUUUGUUUGGAUUUGAAAGUUUAAAAAGGUUUGUGUACUGUUGUGUUUGUGUUGUGGUUAGUGAAAAGGAAAGGAAUUGAAUAUAAUAUUUUUAACAACCAAUAAUGGAUAUCUUUUUUAGCAUUUUUUGUUGUAAUAUCACGGGAUUUGUUAACUCUGUUUGAACCCAGAAACUAAUCUUGAUUUACAAAUAAAUUAUUGUUCGUCUUUUAACUUAUUUGAAGUACCCUUCUUUUUAUUUCUCUCCUUUAUAGCUUCCUUGUCGGCUCCGAUUUCCCCCAAUUCAUUUUCUUUCUGAUGGAAAUUCCCAAAUUGAAUCCGUCUUCUACUCAUCGGGAACUUAAUCCAUCGGAAGAAACGAGAAAUUCCCAGAAAAUUUCAGUUUGUAGUCAAUCAAACGGUGUGCAUUACUCCACCAAUUCCGAUAGCUUCGUCAUCGAUAUGAAUGGCUUCUCCUCCAAUGGCGGAACUAAAGAAUCCACCACAAAUCCCAGAAUUACAUUGCAGAGAAAUUCAUCCAGAAAAGGGCCUCAGCGUGGCGGCGACAAGAUGAUUGCUAACAAUUCCGCUCCUAUAGAUAGAGAUUCAUCAUCUCCAACAGUUGGAGCUACCAUGGCAGAAAAAGCAGCCGGGCCGGCGGCGGCAGUGGCAGUGGGGUCUCAACAAGACCAUUUAGGAGUUCCUCAAGUUCAUCAUCAGAUCACUAUAACCACCGGCAACACGGCAGCGCCGGUUGAACGAGCCAUUCUUAGAAGAAACAGUUUCAGAAGGCCUCCAUCUUCUUGGAUGUUGGAUCCUAAGAAAGUUCUUCUCUUGUUUGCCACUGUGUCAUGUAUAGGAAGUAUGGUGCUGAUAUAUUUCACAUUAGCUAUCGGGAAACCCAACGCCGAGCAACGGGGGUUUGAUUAAUUAUAACCAAUGGCAGGAAAAGCAAGAACGAGAAUAACAACAACACAAUACAGAGAGUUGAAGAUGAUUUGAGAUGUGUUUGUACACAGAGAUAGAGACUGGUGUGAGAAAGACCAAAAGAGCAGAUUAAAAAGCAAGAGAGCACCACAGGUUUUCUUAUGGCCGCUGGGGCUCGGAUGCCGGCACGUUUACAACAGUUUAGGAAUGGAAGAAAUUGACAAAGUAGAAUAUGACAAAGGAAUGGAAUCUUUACUUUUCUUUUUGUUCUCUUUUGUUAAUUACCAAAAAUUGACAGAUGAAAGAAUUCAGAUCAGAAACGUGGUUUUGCCUUUUAAUAAUGUGUGUUAAGGAUUUCUCUCCACCUGAUAGAUUAAUGGAGGGUGGUUGAGUGGUUGAGUGGCGAUUGAUCUAAUUACUCUUCAAAUACUUUUACAAUCUCCUUUUUCCUCCAAUAUUCUUUGUUUAUAAAAAGUGCCAUUCCUUUGUAUUCUGUGGCUUCCAUGUGAGCAAGAAGAGUGGGUUAGCAGUCCUACAAACAGAAAGUGUAUUUGGAUGUACUCAAUGCAUGCGCACUUGAAGAUUUUCCAACA